AGUUCUUUCCUCUUUCGAUUUCGUCCAUUUCCUCAAGACUUUUAGCUCCGCCUUUCGGCCCUUUCCUCGUUCGCUUUCGCUUUCGCAUUAGACCGCGAGAGGAACCCUAACCCCGGAGGAGUGAGGCAAGCAGAGGAGGAUCGGAAGAGAGAGAGAAAGAGAGUGAAGCGAAGGGGUCGGGAUCCGCCAUGGCGUCGCAGAAGGAGCGGGAGAACUUCGUCUACCUCGCCAAGCUGGCCGAGCAGGCCGAGAGAUACGAUGAGAUGGUGGACGCGAUGAAGAAGGUAGCGAAGCUUGACGUGGACUUGACGGUGGAGGAGCGGAACCUGCUCUCGGUAGGGUACAAGAACGUGAUCGGGGCGAGGAGGGCGUCGUGGAGGAUUUUAUCUUCGAUUGAACAGAAGGAGGAUGCUAAGGGGAAUGAGCAUCACGUGAAGAGGAUUAGGGAAUAUAGACAGAAGGUGGAGUUGGAGCUCACCAAUAUCUGCAGUGACAUCAUGUCUGUGAUUGAUGAGCAUCUUAUUCCUUCGUCGUCUGCUGGGGAGUCCUCGGUGUUUUAUUAUAAGAUGAAAGGUGAUUACUAUCGUUAUCUGGCGGAGUUCAAGACGGGAAACGAUAGGAAGGAGGUGGCUGACCAGUCACUGAAAGCUUAUCAGACAGCUUCUAGUACAGCCGAGGCUGAUUUGUCUCCUACUCACCCAAUUAGAUUGGGUUUGGCAUUAAACUUCUCUGUUUUCUAUUAUGAAAUAAUGAACUCACCUGAAAGGGCUUGCCAUCUUGCAAAGCAAGCCUUUGAUGAAGCUAUUUCCGAACUUGACACCUUGAGUGAAGAAUCUUAUAAAGAUAGCACUUUGAUCAUGCAACUUUUGAGGGAUAAUCUGACCCUGUGGACUUCUGACAUUCCUGAAGAUGGAGGUGACGAGUCAAUGAAAGAUGGCUCCACAAGAGCUGGUCCUGGCGAAGAUGCAGAGUGAAUUACGGACAUCUAGUCUAGAGUAUAAAAACCCGAGGGUUUGGACGCCGAAGCUGUCCUUAGUUCUCUGUUGUUUUCGUUGAGAUUUAUGAAUGAGUAUAUAUAUAUUAAGUUUAAUGAGCUCCCGACUGUUGGACCUGCAGCUCAUUUGGGAUUUGUUUGAUGGUCUCUACGUUUGCAGUUUCUCUCAUUGUUGUUUAGAUGCCCGCUAAAUUAAUGUUUGAACGCUUUUUGCAAAGUGCCUGCCUCUCAACCAUUUCUGCUGA